UCCAGGAGCGCGGACAAACUGGGCGCUCCGCUCCAGCAGGGUUCAAGCAGCAACAUUACCAUUCAACACAACAGCUGCGAGCCUCCAUUACCACCGCCGUACCAUAGAGACAAUAAACCCGCGGAAUACAACGGUAUAAUCCCGAAUACACAUUGCACAUGACGUGCAACGGCAGCAGGACAAAUCACCGUCUGACCGUAAACAACAAAAACAGAGGGAAAUGUCUUGGUGGCCGCGCGGUGAGGAUGGAGAGGAGGCCAUGAAUCAAGACACAGACUCUGAUGUGGCUGAACAGAGGGAUGGUGGGAAAGUGAAGGUGAAAUGGACACAAGAAGAGGAUGACAAGCUCAAGGCGCUCGUUCAAAAACUGGGAACGAAUGAUUGGAAAUAUAUUGCCAGCUACAUACCAAGUCACACUGAGCACCAGUGCCAGCACCGUUGGCAUAAGGUCUUGGAUCCAGAAUUGAUUAAAGGUCCUUGGACCAAAGAGGAGGAUGAGAAGGUCAUAGAGCUUGUGAAUCUCUACGGCAACAAACAGUGGGCAAUGGUAGCCAAGCAUCUGAAGGGCAGACUGGGGAAGCAGUGUAGAGAGCGCUGGCACAACCACCUCAAUCCCAGUGUGAAGAAGUCAUCAUGGACCGCCGAGGAGGACCUCAUCAUCUACAAGGCUCACUGCCUGCUCGGAAACCGCUGGGCCGAGAUCGCCAAGCUGCUCCCUGGAAGGACAGAUAAUGCAGUGAAGAAUCACUGGAAUUCCACCAUCAAACGCAAGUUAGAGAUGGGCUUCUAUGCCGGUGAGGUCUUUAGGCCAAAUGAACUCGAGGAGCUGUUGGCCCAUGUUAAUAAAGAUGCGCAGAUGCCCAGUUGCUCUCAAGAUGGUGCAGAGAAGGAGUCAGAGCAGAAAGCACAUCCUCCACAGUUGCAGGAGCCGCCAGUCUCAGCCUCUGUUAAAGUCGGCCCACCCGAAGCAGGACCGUCAAAGGCUGUGUCGUCUCCAAAGGACAGUUUGAGCCCCAAGACCGAAGCAGACAGCACAGGAGAAAUGAGCUGUUCUAGCUGGACGGUGGACAGCUCCGGCUUUCUCUCCCCGACUGGCCCAGCACUGAAGGAAGUGCUGGACAUGGUGGACGGGGACCUCGAUGGUUGGUGCAACCUAGCAGCCUUUGACCUGCCUGAGGACAGUCCAAGCCCAGAGCGACACCAGUUUCGUCUGGAGGGCAGCGCCUUGCAGGAGUUGAGCAAAGGCAGCAAGGGGGAGCUCAUCCCUAUCUCUCCUAGAGGGGUCACGCCGCCCUCCAUACUGACCCACCGUAGCCGGAGACGCAUCGCCUUGUCUCCUGACGCCAAUAACUCCAUGACUCCCAAGAGCACUCCUGUCAAAAUCUUGCCCUUUUCUCCAUCUCAAUUCCUCAACAUGUGGACCAAGCAGGACACUCAUGACCUGGAGAACCCGUCCCUCACGUCCACACCAGUGUGCAGCCAGAAGGCUAUUGUUACUACACCGCUACAGCGUGACAAGACGCCCCUGACUCAGAAGGAGAACUCAGUGUUUGUUACACCCAACCACAAAUCCGAGCUCUGUACGACCCCACGAACGCCGACGCCGUUCAAAAACGCCAUGGAGAAGUACGGUCCUCUGCAGCCUCUGCCACAGACGCCGAACCUCGAAGACGACAUAAAUGAGGUCAUCCUAAGAGACGCCGGGAUUGACUUGGUUGUUGUACGCUCGACUCCACCUGAGCAAAGACGCAAAACAGCGCAUCGGCCUCCCAUGAAGAAAGUGCGGAAAUCGUUGGCCCUAGACGUCAUAGACUGCCCGGUGACAUCCACAUCCAAACGCAAAGCCCUAAAAACUGAGGCCAAAUACAACAUCAAGGAAGAACCCAUGAUAGUAUCUCUCAGCUCCUCCUCAUUUUGCACUAAGCAGCAUGAAAAUAUUUUGGAUCAGGGUUUCCUUUUGGGACCUAGUGACAGCGCCAUAUUUCCCAGCACGGUGCCUCCGAUUCUGAUGUCAAAAGAAUGGGAGACGGUUGUUUGUGGACAAACUAAAGACCAGCUCAUAAUGACGGAGAAAGCAAGACGCUACCUUCGCUCGCUAAAAUCCCACGCUCCCAACCGGGCUCUGAUUCUGUCCUGAGACACAAACAUGUUACACAAACAAAGCUUCAUGUUGCUGUUUUUCCCCCUACUUUUUGCUGUUUUUUUUGGUGGUGAAAGAAACAUGCCAUAUGUAGGUUUAGUGAAGUUUUUGAACAAGUUAUUGGCAAUCAAGCUCUGUCACUAAGAGAGAGUGAUGCUUUUAGAUGUAGUCUCAGUCCAGUGGCGUUGUGUGAGGCUUGAAAAAGAAGGUAAUCACAUGUCACGGUAUUGUCAUGUUUGAAAAGAACAGUGAAGGUAAAACUGAAAAAUCACGGCUAUGUACAUUUGCUGUCAUUGAAAAGACAUGCUUUUACAUUGCAUAAUGUGUCUGUAAUGUAACAGUUUUUUAAAGUGUGAAGAGUGCAGACACCCUGGUUGCACCUCCAUAUCUAAAGUCCUGUUGUAUAACUUGAAUAUGGAGUACAUUCAGCCUGGCUGAUCAGUAGUGCAUUUAGAGAUGUGGGAUCCAUGUUGAAAAUGUUAUGUGAACAUUGUCUCCUAAGAUCUGUUUAGCAUGUGUAUAGAUUUCUAUGUCUCAGUACACAUUAAAAGUGAAGGCCUCACAUGGGUUAAGUUAGACAUCUGCUGGAAAUGUAAUAGUAACUGCAGCACGCAUCAAUAAUCCAACAAGGUGGCUUACUAAUUAUUGACAUCAAACAAAGUGAUGAAUAUACUUGGGAAAGUUUAAUGCUGUAUCCAAGUAGCUGAAAAGAAAUGGAGGCAUGGAAGCCUGACCACAGAAGUGCCCAAUCUUUUCCACUUGUAUUGUUAAGAUGUUACACGGUGCCAGGAUCCCAAGUUUCCUUAACUGACCGGCUUCAUGUGCAAAGUGUCACUGCCCGCUGUGCUGGCGUUAUGAAAAAUCGUUAAUAAGUAGGGAUCUAACAUAUUUAAAGAGCGUUUUCACCUUGCAAAAAAUAAAACCACAUAAAUAGCAAUUUAUGUAUUUUUUUCGAACUAAUUUUAAUGUUUUUUUCUUCUGCUACAAACAUCUGGCAGGCCAAAUCAGACCUUCUGAACUAUUUCCCAUGGGCCUAACUCCUGCCAGUAUUGAUUUCAAGGGUAUUAUGUUAUUUGGCACUGUUUGUAAAUAUUUAGUGUUGUAUGUUUUUACUUGAUCUUACAACAUUUUGUUAACAACUUGAAUAAAAUGCAAAUAUGUCCAAUGCA